AUGUCACUUAAGGUUGGUUACAUUGGACUUGGCCUGAUGGGGAAGUCUAUGGCGGGAAAUAUCCUCAAAGCCGGUUUCCCCCUGGUGGUAUUCAAUCGUACACGGUCCAAGAUGGAUGAGCUUGUGACCCAGGGGGCUCGUGCGGCGGUCUCUCCUGCGGAUCUUGCGAGUCAGGUGGAUGUGAUUUUCACCAACGUGUCCGACUCUCAGGACGUGUAUGAAGUCAUCUUUGGCAACGACGGCGUGAGUGCUGGUGUGCGCCCCGGCAGUGUGGUGGUGGACAACAGCACCAUCAAGCCGUCCGUGGCGCGGGAGAUCGCCGCCCGGCUGUGGGCGGAGAAACAAGUGCAGUGCCUCGACGCGCCGGUCUCUGGCGGCGACAUCGGCGCCCGCAACGGCACGCUGACGGUGAUGGUCGGCGGCGACGAGGCGACGCUGCAGCGGGUGAUGCCGGUCCUGCGGGCGAUGGGCACGACCAUCACGCACGUCGGCGCGAGUGGGGCCGGGCAGGUCUGCAAGGCGGCGAAUCAAAUCAUGGUCGCCGCGCAGAUGGUGGCGAUGGGCGAAAUGCUCGUCUUUGCGGAGAAGUGCGGCGUCGACGGGCAGCGGGUGAUUUCGGCGGUGAAGGGCGGCGCCGCGCAGUGCUGGACGCUCGACGUGAAGCCGCAGCGCCUCUUCGCCGGCAACCGCGAGCCCGGCUUCAAGGCCUCGCUGCAGAGCAAAGACUUGGGCAUCGUGAUGGACUCCGCAAGGGAGUUCGGCGCCCCGCUGCCAACCACAGCCGUCAACGCACAGCUCUUCCAGUCCAUGCUCCAGCACGGCGAGGGCGAUAAGGACAACUCCGCCGUCGUCGGCGUACUGGAGCGAAUGGCAAACUGCCAUAUUAGGGAAACGAAGGAUACUCAGUAA